CAGAAAAAAGGAGUAUCCUUUAAAAGUCGCCUCUUCGGCUCCUUCUCGGCCCAUGUCAACAGGGGAGACUCCCAACGCGGGAUUCCUCUUUGGCAUGAUCAAAGAAAUCAAGAUCCAAUUUUUACGCGAGGAAUUCCCUCCUUGGGGGGGAUUGAUCUCGGCUUCCUGAACCGGAAUCACGAGAUCUCAAUCUGGGCGAUCGCUGAGACCCCCUGCUCUUUGGUUUUGGAUUUGGAAAUCUAUUGCCAAAAGGAGGGGGGGGGGGGGGGGGGGGGCUUUCUGCUGCCGGCUUUGGAGGCUCGAUCGCGGCGGCAGAAGGGCGUUUGGGAUUUGUCGUAAAGAUCAGUUCUUGCUCGACAUUCUGAAGUGAUUUGUUUGUAGAUAUCGAAUUGCUCAAAAUCUCUAUUGUUCUUCUAGGAGAUUGGAUUUCGAGCGAGGAUAUCAUGCGAUACUAAAUCCAAGAUUCUCUCUUUUCUUGGAGGUGAUCUAGAAUGGCAAAAGAAGACUUGAUUGAGCUCAAAUUUAGGCUCUCUGAUGGCACAGACAUCGGGCCGAACAAGUAUGAUCCUUCCACCACCGUGGCAUCUCUCAAAGAAUUCAUACUCGAUCGGUGGCCUCAAGAUAAAGAAAUUGCUCCUAAAACAAUCAAUGACGUGAAGCUCAUAAAUGCGGGUAAAAUAUUGGAGAACAACCGAACCAUUGCUGAGUCUAGGGUACCAGUUGGUGAGCUUCCUGGUGGUGUAAUUACCAUGCAUGUUGUAGUUCGACCUCCUGUACUCGACAAGAACAAUGAGAAGCAACCAUCGAAAGCCCCAAAGCAUAACAGAUGUGGUUGCACAAUCCUCUGACAUCAGAGUGCAAUGUUUUGGUCAGCUCACUUGGAGUUCGAAUUUUAGCUUAAUGUUCAUCUGGCUGUGAAAUCCAAUUUAGUAGCUCUAAUUUGCACCAUCACUUGGAGGACUUUGCAUACUGUUCUUAGACUGUUUUUGUGCUAAUGUUAGUCCCUGAGAGAUUCUGGAGGUAAAGUUGGCAAAAAUCUUUUGUAACAUGCAAGACUUGUGGUUGUAUAAAUUGAAUCCCCAAACAUGACCAUUUGUUGCUUCUUUAAGAUACAAUUUGUUA